GUGGUCGCUAGGUGUCGCUCCUGAAUUGCCUCAUCAUCGUUUCCAGUGAUGCAAUGCCCCAUAGCGGGGGCAAUUGCUGGUACCCCCCUCUACAGCACAUUGGUGGCCAUGAGUCAGCGCGCAGGCGCUCUCUGAGCCUCUUAACUUGCGCCAGCCAAGUCACAUCUGACCCAGUACAACAAUGGCAGACGAAGGAGAUUUCGAACGCGUAGAUGCUGGCGCUUCCUCCACCUACCCACAGCAGUGCUCUGCUCUGCGUAAGAAUGGCCACGUGAUGCUGAAGAACCGCCCCUGCAAGAUCGUGGAAAUGAGCACCUCCAAGACUGGGAAGCACGGCCACGCUAAGGUUCACUUAGUGGGAAUCGACAUCUUUACUGGUAAGAAGUAUGAGGACGUGUGCCCUUCUACCCACAACAUGGAUGUUCCAAAUGUCAACCGUCAAGAUUAUCAGCUGGUCGAUAUUGAUGACAGCUACAUGUCCCUAAUGGAUGACGGCGGAGAUACACGCGACGAUCUUAAAGUGCCCGAAGGUGAUGUGGGCAAGGACAUCACCACCCGUUUCGAUCAAGGCGAUUCGAUUAUGGUCACAGUUUUGAAAGCUUGUGGUGAAGAAUUGGCCAUUGCUGUUAAGACCUCCACGGAAAAGUAAACUGGGCUUCUUCUUUGGAGUUCUGUGGAGGCAACAGCAUUGAGCUAACUUGGUGACAAUGGAGAUGAUUGCUUCUGCAUCAUGUUCCAUCCUGCUCAGGCACAACAACAAUAAUAAAAACAAGAACUGGACUUCCCGGCUUUACACUUGCUUCCUGUGGCCACAACUCUACCAACAACAACCAAGAUGCAACGUUUCCUGCAUUACUGUACCCGUGUACAGAUCAGAUCCUUUAAAAAAAAACUGUUUCAUGAAAUCUUCCAGCAUUGCUGAUCCCUGUAGUGUCGUCAUUGUUCUAACGUAGUUUUUUUUCUUUGUUUCCUUGUGUUGUUGCAAACACUUGGCCAGUCCCCGAAAUGAUACGACAGUCUUUACAACUGUACAAAAUGAUAGAAAUGUACUGUAGUGUAAAUUGUAUCCAUCUCUUGUCCAUUUGUAACGUUUCAAAUCCUGCACAGGUUAUUAUUUUUUGUUUCUUCCUUGGUGUGGCAAGCAGGCGAAUCCCAAGUUUUCAGCAAUCACAUUGUCUGCACUACUUUGGGCACUUUGUACUUCACCCCAAGACCGUAACCUGAGUGAGAAAGAUGGCGUCAUCUCUUGCCUUGCUCGACAAGUUUCUAUGGUUACAGGCAGAGAUGAGCUCUCUUUCUUACUGCAGACGGAGGUCGGAGGUUACGACCUUGGAGAGACUGGGUGCAAAAGGCCCUGACCUUGGCGAGACUUGGGUCGUCUGCUUGGGUUGCUGGUAGUAAAGCCGUGGGGGGAGGGGGAAAAUGGAUUGGGUAGGAGGAAAAAAGAGCCACUUACUUACUGAUGUAGCGUUAAUAAUCUUGUGUCUGCUGCCAGACCAUGCCUUGGGCCUUCACACACUUACUACUGGGAUUUAUCAGACAGAAAUCCAAUAAAAAGACAUGAACCAAAUGGGAAGUUUCAGACUGUCAGGCUUGUUUGUGACGUUAGCUUUAAAUUAAGAACUUCUUAGUGAUAAUGUCGGUAGAUGGAUGGUGGCACUACGGAAUCCUGUGAACCGAAAUUAACUAAGAAAUCGUUUGCAUCAAAA